GUCCAAUCAACUGCUCCAGUCGCUCAACAAGGGUCUCCCUAUCAGCUGUACGGGAAUCUUCAAAUGAACGACUACUAGAGCUUCUACAAAGGUUUUGGGUCCAGGAAGAAUUACCAGUCCAACGUUCAGACAACUCAGAGCUAUCACAAGACGAGCUGGAGUGUGAAAAACACUUCAGAUCAACACACAGCAGAGAUUCAACAGGGCGUUACAUUGUGAGGCUCCCAUUGAAAACGUCAGCUGAAGCGCUCGGGGAGUCAAAGUUCAAGGCUUCACGAGAGCUCAGAUCAACAGUCAGCAAACUCAACAACAAUCAGGAAUAUGCCCAGCUCUACAAGGAGUUUAUCAACGAGUACGAGGCUUUGGGACAUAUGCAGAGAGCACCCGAUUCUCCAGAACCUACCCCAGCCUAUUAUCUGCCACACCACGGGGUUCUGAGAGAAGAGGCCAUCACCACAAAACUGAGAGUCGUUUUCAACGGCUCCAGUCCCAGCUCAUCAGGUAUGUCACUCAAUGAUAUAUUAUAUCCUGGUGGAAAAUUGCAGAUCAACGCCAUGGACGUCUUGACAUGGAUGAGAAAGCACAGACUCGUGUUUGGCACCGACAUCGUUAAGAUGUUUAGACAGAUACGAGUUCACAGGGACGAUUGGGACCUCCAGAGAAUUUUGUGGAUUGAUGAUAAUCAGCAACAAAUCUCCUAUCAGCUAACCACAGUCACCUACGGUCUCAACUUUUCUCCAUGGCUAUCUCUGAGAGUUCUUCAACAAUUAGCGGAGGAUGAGGGUCACCGCUUCCCAGCAGCCGUCGAGACAAUCACCAGAGCUCGGUAUGUUGACGACAUCUACGGCAGAGCUGAGUCAGCAGCAGAACUCAAGGAGAUAAAAUGGAGCAGCAAUUGCCCACGGCUAUUGUACGAACUCGGAUUAUCAACAGAGGAAGCCAUAAUCCAGUUUGAAGAAUCAGUCACCAAAGUUCUUGGAAUGUGUUGGCNACAAGGACUCUGUCAGGCUGGAGGCUUCGCUCUUCAGAAAUGGAGCAGCAAUUGCCCACGGCUAUUGCACGAGCUCGGAUUAUCAACAGAGGAAGCCGUAAUCCAGUUUGAAGAAUCAGUCACCAAAGUUCUUGGAAUGUGUUGGCAUCAGUCGUCCGACACAUUCAGGUAUAAAUCCAGAGACUUCAACACACAGACGAUCACCAAGCGGGUUGUAUCUUCAGAGAUAGCUCAGAUCUUCGAUCCUUUGAGCUUCAUCGCUCCAGUCANGGAACUCACAGAAUUGGACAAAGUUGCUGUACCCAGAUGGCUCAAUUUAACAUCAAAAGAAAGUAACAUUCAAUUACACGGAUUCGCAGAUGCUUCAACCGUAGCUAUGAGUGCAGUGGUGUACAUACGCACCAGGAACAUCAACGAGCCAGCUUCAACAGUGAUGGUCUGCGCGAAGACAAAGGUAGCACCGAUCAAGCGCAUGACUAUUCCAAGAUUAGAGCUUACAGCAGCUCUCUUGUUAACACAACUAGUAGCCUCAACACAGAGGAUGCUUCAGCUCGACCAUGCAGAAACUCAUCUUUGGUCGGAUUCAGCAGUAACACUCGCUUGGAUCAGAAGCCACGCAUCAAGGUGGAAAGAUUUCGUCCACAACAGAGUGGUCAAGAUCCAGGAAACUCUCCCGAAUGCUAUCUGGAGACAC